AUGUGUAUCCCCUGCUGGAAGUUUGAAGAGAUCAUCCUCGAAGAACCACCCCCGAAGCCCAAGGUCAAGGCUUCUGCUGAGCAGACUCCGACACGGGUGAUGAUGCCAGCCGUUACCUAUUACUCACCUCAGCCUGUUGCACCUGGACAAUACGGCCCGAAUCUCAAUGUGUGGCGCUACAGGCCACCCAAGCCUGAGACUGGGGCUGCACCGCCUGCGCCGCCUCCUCCGCCGCAUCCACCUCUAGCACCUGCACAGGCAAUUGCCCCCAAAGACAUUCUAACUUACAAACCAAGACCUGCUAACCAUGCUGCUCACACACAGCCUGUUGCGUCUGAUCCCGUUGCACUGCCGGGUGGUCCUAUGAACAUCUGGCGGUACAAACCACCGGGCAAGGCUCAAUCUGAAAAGCAACAAUGUGCUCCUCAAGCAGCCCCGGCUCCGGCUGCAUAUCAGGUGCCGGCGGGAUACUACCCAUCUUACCCGGCCCCGGUGGCGUUGCAGUAUCCUCAAUUCCCCUACGGAUACGCUCCGUAUGGUCACUAUGCACCCAGUCAGCCUGUCGUCUUUGCGCCGCAGCCACAGCCUCCGCCAGCUCCAGCUCCCGCCGCUCCGGCAGCCAAGCAACACGUGCAGGUGCAUCGAGUCUGGCCUGGUGCUACCAAGGCGCAGAUUGAUGCUGAGAAUCUUCGUAUGGCGGAGAAGUUUGGAAUUAACAAGGCGGUUCCCCUAGUCCCGACUGACACUGCUGCCGAUAAAAUGUACUGGUUCCGAGACCUGGACGGGAACCAUUAUCUGGCAAAUUACGGAACCAUUUCAUCGGAGCUCAGUCCGGGUUAUUGGGUGCUUGGACCCCAGGGAACCCCUAUGUUCGUCAGAGAGAAGAAGAAUCAGCAGUGA